AUGCGACGCACGUGCGCAUCGAGAAAUCUCGCGCGGUCGCCCGUCGCCGCGCGCGAACGUUGUCGACAGAUGGUGCGACGUGCGGUGUCCGAGGGCGACGCGCGGCGACGAACGGAGCGUUGGAUCGAUGAGGUUGUCAUCGGGAAGAAUCUUUGUCCGUUCGCUCGCGAGCCGCGAGCGAGCGGGCGGAUCGAGGUGACGACGACGAUGAAGAGCGAUUUGGUCGAGGUGAUCGAGGACGUGUGCGCGCGCGCGAUGGCGAUCUCACGGUUGAGUGAGGAUGAACGCGGGUGGACGGAGGUGGUCGUCGCGCCGGCGUGCGCAGAGUUGGAGACGUUUGAUGCGAUGUUGGACGCGUGCGAGAUCGUGGACGGGACGAUGGAUGCGAUGGGAUUGAACGGAGUGGUGCAGGCGGUGGCGUUUCAUCCCGAGUUUCGGUUCGAUGGGGAGUCGGAUGAAGCGGCGGCGUUUACGAAUAGAAGUCCAUAUCCUUCUAUUCACUUGUUGCGGGAGUGCGAUGUCGAGCGCGCGGUGGAUAAUGACAAAGCAUACGUGGAAUCGAUCCCAGAGACGAAUUCGAAGACGUUGCGCGCGAUUGGACUGGAUGCUUUGAAGCGGAUGCUAGAGACGCUGCGCGCUGCGCCAUAG